UCGUCUGCUGCAUUCUAAAUCCAAGCCUCUUCCUUAAUCCUCCACUCUGGUGCUCCUAGACCUUAAGAGAUGUUUGAAAGAACUCUUGUGAAGAAUCAUUGUAUUGGACCUUUGGCUUGCUCCUCCUCAAGGCUCAAGGCACCACUUGGAAGUCCUGAAAAAUGUUCUGCAAGACCCUCUUUCCUCCUUUGAAUACCUCCUCUCCCCAGACAGCUAAACCUCUUCCAUUGGCAUUCCUGUAAGGCAUCUGACUAAUUCUCACUAUCAGAGCUUUGAUCAUGGGGAAAUCUGAAAGCCAAAUGGAUAUUGUGGAGAAAUCGACCAGAUCCAGGAAGAAGCCCUGGAGUGUCCUGGAGCUGGGACUGUCAGUCCUGGUGUUUCUCAUGACCUGCUCUUUAGUCACUCUGGUAGUCCUCUACAUGGAAUUCAAAGGGAAGACACUGACGCUCUCUCCCAUUUCGUUUUAUAUUCCAAGAGAAGAGAAGACUUUUGUAAAACGAGAUUUCCAGAAUAUCAGGAUUACUGGCCAAACUGAAGAAACCUGUGUCCUCCCUGGCUGUGUGAUAGCAGCCUCUAGGAUCAUCCAGAACAUGGACCCUACCAGAGAGCCUUGUGAUGACUUCUACCAGUACGCCUGUGGAGGCUGGGUCAACCACCAUGUGAUUCCAGAGAGCAGCUCCCGCUACAGCAUCUUUGAUAAUCUGAGGGAUGAGCUGGAAAUCGUCCUCAAAGGUGUGCUGGAGAACCCCAAAGUGGGAGACCGGAGUGCCAUCCAGAAAGCUAAGAUACUAUAUAGUUCCUGCAUGAAUGAAAGUCUGAUUGAAUCACGAGACUCUCAGCCUCUGUUAAAAAUCUUAGAAAUUGUGGGAGACUGGCCAGUGGCCAGUGACAACUGGAAGGAAAACAGAGAACCCCACUGGGUCAUGGAAGAGAAACUGUCAAUGAUGAACUCCCACUUCAACAAACGACUGCUUAUUGACAUGUUUGUUUGGAAUGAUGACCAGGACUCCAAAAGCCACAUCAUCUAUAUUGACCAACCAUCCCUGGGCAUGCCUUCCAGAGACUAUUACUUCAACAGUGGCAAGUACCAGAGAGUCCGGGAGGCAUACCUACAGUUCAUGAUCAAAGUAGCUAAGAUGAUUCGGGCUGAUCUGAACUUCACCAAAGAUGAUGAGUUUGUGGAGAAUGAAAUGUUGCUGGUGAUGAAAUUUGAAACUGAUAUUGCCAAUGCCACUUCAUCCCAAGAGGACAGGCAUGAUGUCACUCUCCUCUAUCACAGAAUGAACAUAUCCCAACUCCAGAGUACGUUAUCAUUCCAGGUCUGCACCCCUCCUUCCCACAACUUCAACUGGACUGACUUUAUACAGAUUGUGAUGUCCUCAGUCAACAUCAACAUCCUGGAGGAUGAGGAGGUGGUGGUGUAUGGAGUUCCUUACCUCCAGAACCUUCAGGAAGUCAUCAGAAAGUACCCAGCCAGAACCAUCCAAAACUAUCUUGUCUGGCGCCUGGUACAGGAUCAAAUUAGUAACCUGAGUCAUCGAUUCAAGGAUGCUCGAGUGAACUUUCGCAAGGCUCUGUAUGGGACCUCCCUAGAGGAUGUACACUGGCGUGAGUGCGUGCGCUAUGUCAACAACAACAUGGAGACUGCGGUGGGUGCCCUCUACGUGAAAGAAUCAUUUCCUGGUGAGAGUAAGAAGAUGGUCAGUGAUCUCAUCCAAAAAGUACGUGAGGUGUUUAUUGAGACCCUCAAUGAGUUAAGUUGGAUGGACGAAAUGUCUAAGAAGAGGGCUCGAGAGAAGGCUACAGCCAUCAAAGAGCAGAUUGGCUACCCAGACUACAUUUUAGAAGAGGAAAAUGGGAGACUUGAUGAGGAAUAUUACCAGUUGAAUUUCACAGAGGACAGGUUUUUUGAGAAUACAUUGGAGAACCUGAAGUCCAAUGCACAGAAAGGUCUGAAGAAACUGAGGGAGAAGGCGGACAAGGAUAUCUGGAUCAUCGGGGCCGCUGUGGUCAAUGCCUUUUACUCUCCAAACCGAAACCAGAUCGUGUUUCCUGCUGGGAUCCUGCAGCCUCCCUUCUUCAGCAAACAACAGCUGCAAGCCUUGAACUUUGGGGGGAUCGGGAUGGUAAUUGGCCAUGAGAUCACCCAUGGGUUCGACGAUAAUGGGAGGAACUUUGACAAAGAUGGAAAUAUGUUGGACUGGUGGAGUAACUUCUCAUCCCAGCAGUUCAAGGAACACUCAAAGUGCAUGGUGUACCAGUAUGGCAACUUCACGUGGGACCUGGCUGGAGGCCAGAACGUGAGUGGAGUUAGCACACUAGGAGAAAACAUUGCAGAUAAUGGAGGGAUAAGGCAAGCUUAUAAGGCUUACCUAAAGUGGAUAGAAGAACAAGGGAGAGAGCCCAAACUGCCCGGACUGAAUCUCACCCAUGAACAGCUCUUCUUCAUCAACUUUGCCCAGGUUUGGUGCGGCUCCUACCGACCGGAGUAUGCCUCUCAGUCCAUAAAGACAGAUGUCCACAGUCCCCUGAAAUACAGGGUGAUAGGGUCUUUGCAGAACUUUGAAGCCUUCUCUAGAGCCUUCCAUUGCCCCAACGGAACAGUUAUGCAUCCUAAGAAGAAAUGCAGAGUGUGGUGACCGAAGACUGAGCCCAAAUCCUGUGCUUGCAACCCACAGUUAGUCCCAAGCAGUCCAUGAGACCAGCUUUGGUGGAUGGGCCUGUCCUUCGGGCCAGCUAUGUGUCCAGUGCUUCCUCCCCUUCUGUCCCAGCCCAGGGCAGUCCGUCCCUGCCACAGCUAUUGUCUCCGCCAAGAGGCAGAUAUGAGAAUGGAAAUUCCAGAUCUCCAACACUUGUGAGCCUAAACCUGGAGAGCUUCUUUUGGGGGGGAAAUGACUGUUUCAAAUGACAUCUCGACUGUUAUUAAACCACUGAAUUCUUUUAAAAUAUAUAUGUAUGUCUUUCAGCCAGGACCAUUGAUUACAAGAGGUCCAGAGCCUGAAUGGAUGAUGACCCAGUUGAGGUAUUUCAUUAAAUGUAAUCCAACCACACAUUGUAGCUGCUGCUGUAUUACCUCUUCCUGGCUAGCCCAACCAGUUUGCUUCUUGGAGUAGAGAUUUGUAAUCCUGUGUCUAUUUUCCCAAGCACCUGGUGUGUGUUCAAUGUCUGAGCAUUUCAGACUCAAGCAGAAUAAAUCUACCUGAAGCCCA